UUAAUACAUUCUAAAUGCAAAUGUAUUAAAUGGUAGUGUUUUUAAUUCAAUUCCAAAGAAUUCAAAUUAAAUAGCAAUAGUUGACAUUUAAUUCAUUUCAGUGCUUUAAAUUCCAUCAUGAGAGAAAUAAAACAGAGCAUCAGAUACAAGAAGAUUUAUAGAAUUUUACUUCAGUAGGGCUUGGGCUUAAGACUUGAGAUCUAGGUAUGAAAGAAUUACCUGUUAUGGUGUUAAUGCUUUUUAACAUAUGAAGGUAACUAAUUAAGAUGUUUUUUGUUUU